AUGAUCAUAUGGUCACUUAAAAAUGAUUUUAAACAAAUUUCAUAUCAAGAUUCACUUUGUAUUUUUCGAGGUUACUUUAUGCAUGUUACAGUUGCUAUACACUUCGAUUCUUAUUUAUUACAAGCAAUCUAUCGUUAUAUUACAGUUGUUUAUCCCACAAGACUUUUCUGGCAAUCAAAACAGUUUCAAGGUUUUCUCAUCGGAUUAUCAUGGGUAUGCGCCUUCAUAUUUACUAUUCCACAUGUUGUCACUGGUGAAAUCCAAUAUAAUGCUGAUAAUCAGCUAUGUGAAAUACCUUUUCGUGUGUCUUUUAUAAUAAUUUAUAAUAUCAUUUAUGUCUAUUUCAUACCACUGAAUGGCAUUAUGUUUAUUUAUGUCAAGCUAAUUCUCUAUGUGAAAGAAAUAAAUAAACGUGUAACACCAGUUAAUACUGUAUCUCGUGCACAACGAGAACUAAAAAUGAUUCAUCGAAUAGUUAUACUUGUAGCAAUAUUAGUAAUACUCGGUGUACCUUAUACAGUCUUCAUCAUUAUUGGAUUCUUUACUCAACCACCUAAAUAUCAUUUUCGUAUUAGUUUUACAUUUGUUGAUAUCUCAUUGGUAUUUAUUAUGAUUACUUUAUUUCAAUUCACUGAUCCAGUUAAAACAUAUAUCAUGGGAAAAAUAAAGCGGCAAUCAAAUAUAGUUGCAGCAACAACAACAAUACAAAUGAUUGGAAUCAAAUAA